AUGGGUCUUUUACCCAUCCUCCUCUCCCUACUAGUGCCCGCAUUCUUGGCUUUCAUCCUCCUUCCCAAGACCCUGCGCUUCGCUGCGGAACUAGUGGGACAAUACCUCCGUCGAUCUUCCCGUACACGACGAGAACUAUUACUCGCCAGGGUAGCAAGCGAAACCAAGACAUUCGAGGCGCAGCAGAAGAACAAGAAGAAAGAGGAUGAAGACUGGGAACAAGUGGGAAACACACUUCCUGGUAGUGCAGUGAAAGAUGGCCAGGCUGACAGCGGAUGGGAUGGUAUCGUGGGAUUCUUCCACCCUUUCUGCAACGCAGGAGGCGGCGGCGAACGAGUCCUCUGGGCUGCAAUUCGAGCAAACCAAAAGCGUUGGCCAAAAGCUACCUGCAUAGUCUACACCGGUGACCACGAUGUCGACAAAGCCGCCAUACUCAAACGUGUCAAAGAUCGUUUCAACAUCCAGCUACACCCGCCAACCGUCCACUUCCUCUACCUCACAACCCGCGACUGGGUACUCGCAAGCACAUGGCCGCGCUUUACACUACUAGGCCAAUCUCUCGGCUCUCUCGUUAUUGCCUACGAUGCAUUCAGCCUCCUUGUACCAGACAUCUUCAUAGACACCAUGGGUUACGCCUUCGCUCUCGGCCUAUCGUCGUUCCUCUUUCCGACCGUACCGACCGGCGCAUACGUGCACUAUCCGACCAUCUCCACCGAUAUGCUGGAUUCGCUACAAGUUGGAGGUCAAGGUAUCAAUGCAGGAACGGGCGCAGGAUAUCGUGGCAUGGCCAAGAAGAAGUACUGGCAACUCUUUGCAAAGCUGUACAGUAAGCUCGGUAGCACCAUUGAUGUGGUCAUGACCAACUCCACAUGGACGCAAAGCCACAUCAAAACUCUCUGGGAACCAUAUCGCAUUAAAAGGAGCAUAGCAAUAGACAUUGACGUUGUCUUUCCACCCGUAGCUGUCGAAGAAGUCAUAGAAGCCGUCCCAGUCUCCGAGUCCAGCGAGAAGAACCGCGGCCCUUACCUCCUCUAUAUCGCGCAAUUUCGACCGGAAAAGAACCACCGACUUAUCCUCGAGGCCUUCGCAUCAUUCCUGCAUUCCAAGCCCGAACUUCCAGCGUACCCCAACGAUACCCCGAAGCUCGUUCUGAUAGGCUCAGUACGAAACUCUCAUGAUGAUGCGAAGCGUGUCUAUGAGCUGAGGCUGCUAGCGCAUGAGCUGCACAUCAAGGAUAAUGUAGAGUUUAUAUGCGAUGCGCCGUGGCCGCAGAUGCUCGAGUGGAUGCGUAAAGCCAGUGUGGGUGUAAACGCAAUGUGGAACGAGCAUUUCGGUAUCGGUGUGGUGGAAUACCAGGCCGCAGGUAUGAUUUCAGUAGUCAACAACUCUGGAGGCCCCAAGCUGGAUAUUGUAAUUGAGGUCGAUGGGAAACCUACCGGCUUCCAUGCAACGACUGCAGAGCAAUAUGCUGAUGGCUUCCGGAAAGCACUCACUCUCUCACCCGAAGACACAUUGGAUAUGCGACAACGGGCUCGCAGGUCGGCUGAGCGCUUUACUGAUCAAGUAUUCGCGGAUAAGUGGCUGAGAAAUGCCGAGAAGCUUGUUGCUCUGGAAAUCGAGCGUACAUCAAAAUAA